GUUCUUGUGCAAGCAGAAGAUAAUGGAUUACAGUUUAUUGGUUGGUAUCCAUGACAAUGAACGGGAGGAUGAGGAGUCUGAUGGUGACGAUGGUAUAGACAGUCAAGAUGAGAGUGAUUUAGAAUCACCCAAUGAUUAUGAUGCUUCAGGAACUAAUGAAUCUGCAGGGGAUUCGCCAACAAGCUCACCCCCAGGCACUCCCCCUGCAACCCCGCCUGGCACCCCACCACCCACCGGCCUCACCCCAACUUCACGACCUCCAUUAAAAAGUAGAACUGUAAGUCAAGAUAGCAAUGAAUUACUUGAACCUGCACCAGGAGAUGACUUUUUUGCCGUUCGUUCUUCAGAAGGUAAGUACUGUAGAACUUUACCCUUACAAUGGACCAUUUGCAUUAUAGACUAAAUUUUGAUCUAGACAAAAAUUUCAUCACCGC